CAUCCCCUGCCUGCCAUGAGGGGACCAUGGGUACCUGAGCUUGUCACCAGCACCAGCUCUAUGCUGCCGUGGGUAACACUGUUGUGUCUAGCUCCAGCCAUUAGGAGUAAUGGUCCCCCAAGGGCAGUACUGACCCUGGAACCCCCAUGGUUCAAUGUGCUCCAUGGGGACAAUGUGACUUUGACUUGUGAAGGGUUCCAGACCCCUGGACAGGGUUCCAUUGAAUGGUUCCACAAUGGGUCAGCUAUCCCCAUCCACCAGGACUCCUACUUCAUCCCUGCUGUCAACGUGGAGAAUAGUGGGGAAUACCAGUGCCGGACACAACACGGUGAUCUCAGCAACUCUGUGAAACUACAGGUAUCUAGUGAUUCGCUAUUACUCCAAGCAGAGAGAUUAGAAUUCAUAGAAGGUGGCACUAUGAUCCUGAGGUGCCACAGUUGGAAGAGCAAACCACUGCACAAAGUCACAUACUACCACAAUGACAAAGCCUUAAAGUUUCACAAUCAGACUUUCAAUCAUAUUGUCCGUCAAGUGAACCAUACUCACAGUGGAUCCUACUACUGUCAAGCAAACAUAGGGAAUACUACCCAUACAUCCACAGCUGUGAUUAUCACUGUCCGGGGAGGGAAGCUGAGUCCUGCGAAAGUGUUUAUAAUAACAUUGUUCCAGGUGGUUUUGAUUGCUAUAAUGGCUGCUGUUGCCCUGUAUUACUAG